ACUAUACACAGUUGUAUAACACAUUCGACACGACACGACACGACUCUCUUUGAAAGAAGAAGAAGACGAAUCACACGGAACCUCUGUCUGUCCAAUCCAUAAAAAGAUGGCAUCUUUCAUAGUUUUAAACGCUUUCCGUCGGAAAAAACAAGGAACCUCCUCCACUAUGCUCUCUCUAUACUCCUCUACCAUCAAAGCUUCGAUUCCUCCUCUCCGAUCACCACCACCAUCACUCUCUGUUGGAUCUCUUAUCCGGUUUGAGAAGCGCGAUCACUCCACAGUAGCUGCUUGUGGAGGUGUCUCGAUGUCAUCGAACAAAGACUCUCAUGGAUCGUCCUCGCAGGUCGCUGAACCAUUCUUCAGAAGCGUUUUAGGACAGAUGGAAACGGUUUACCUAAACCGGAACCCGACGCCUAGAUCAGUCUUGGAGCUUGUCAGAUCCGUUGACGACGACCAGCUUUGCUAUGACCAUCUCGCUUUCAGGACCUUUGGGAUUGGUGGUUAUGGGAUUGACUCGCUUGCAAGCUUUUUCCUUGACUAUGGGUAUACCCAAAUGGAUGAGCUGAGGUUUCCUGCCAAAAAGCUCAGAGCUUUGUGGUUUGCGCCUCCUCAUGCUUCUUCUGCUGUUCCUGGUGGAAGUGGUGUUGAUGGUCCUUUACCAAGAGUUUUUAUCUCAGAGCUCCUUGUCGACCAGAUGAGUACACAGACACAGGAUGUGAUCAGAAAAUACACUGAAACAUCGCCUAAUGGGAGAAAGUAUGCUGCUCUCUCUAGUGCUUUGGGUAGUUUACCCUGGGGAAAGCCUCUAUCUUCUGAGUUUGAGCAAUUGGCUAGGGAAAGUGAAUACGCAGCAUGGACGCUUGCCAAUGGCUAUGCACUAAACCACGUCACUAUCUCUGUCCAUCGGCUUAAAUCUCAUCUAAACAAGAUUAAGAAGCUCAAUCAGUUUCUUGAAGAAAGAGGUUUCAAAUUGAACUCUGAAGGAGGAGUCCUUAAAGUUAGCCCUGAUGGUGGUUUGCUGCAAAGCUCAACUGUGGCAGACUCUCUUUCUUUCAAGUUCUCUGAUGGAGUCACCAAAUCUAUCCCUUGUUCAUACAUUGAGUUUGCUGAACGCCUUGUGCUUCCCCAGUUUCAGAAUGUACCCGAAAGCGAUAUAAAAGAGUGUCAUCGGCGAGAUGGAUUUGAGGUGGGAAAUGCAGACAAGAUCUUCGAAAGCACAAAUCAGGAGCAGCUUUCCCGACGAACCGGCUGAUGGCAGCAUAUAGCCACUGCUUCAGCUAUAUAAAUUCCAUCAUGCCUUUGUACAUAUACAUGUGAAGAAUAAGAGCUGAAACUGUUUUUAAUGUCUAAUCAGUAAAAAUUACUAAUCCAAAAACCUCCCAACUAAACUAUUGUAUGUUUCUUGACAUCUCAUUUCAUACAAUCUAAAACCAAGUUGAUUUCUA